AGAACGUAUGUGAACGCGUGCGCGCGGACCGUAAGGAAGAGCUGUACGCGUGAGGUUUUGGACAUAAUGGUGGAUAGGUAGGGUACACAGUUUAACUCGCUAAGAGUAGAUCAUCAACUGUUGAUCUGUUUUCACUCUUUUUUGACUUCUUCGUUCCCUCUGACUCGACAGUUGCUCGCUGCCUGUGCAAUCUCGUAUUGUAAGACGCCCUGGACCGCAACAGAAUGCCAAAUAUCAAAAUAUUCAGCGGUAGCUCCCAUCCGGAUCUGUCUCAGAAAAUAGCCGACCGCCUGGGUCUGGAACUGGGGAAGGUUGUUACGAAGAAAUUUAGCAACCAAGAAACAUGCGUGGAGAUAGGUGAGAGCGUACGUGGGGAAGAUGUGUACAUCGUGCAGAGUGGCUGUGGGGAGAUCAAUGACAAUUUGAUGGAGCUGCUGAUCAUGAUCAACGCCUGUAAGAUUGCCUCGGCCUCCAGAGUCACAGCUGUCAUUCCCUGCUUUCCAUACGCCCGGCAAGACAAGAAGGACAAGGUGGGGAGUCGUGCUCCCAUCUCUGCCAAGUUGGUGGCCAACAUGUUGUCAGUGUCAGGCGCUGACCAUAUCAUUACUAUGGACUUGCAUGCCUCACAGAUACAAGGUUUCUUUGAUAUUCCCGUUGAUAACCUGUAUGCAGAGCCAGCUGUGCUGAAAUGGAUCAAAGAGAACAUUCCUGAAUGGAAAAACUGUAUCAUUGUCUCACCUGAUGCAGGAGGAGCCAAGAGGGUCACCUCAAUAGCAGACAGGUUGAAUGUGGACUUUGCUCUUAUCCACAAGGAGAGGAAAAAGGCAAACGAGGUGGACCGCAUGGUUCUCGUUGGAGAUGUGACCGAGCGGGUCGCCAUUCUAGUGGAUGACAUGGCCGACACAUGCGGCACAGUAUGCCAUGCUGCUGACAAACUGAUUUCCGCUGGUGCCACCAAGGUGUAUGCCAUCCUAACCCAUGGCAUCUUUUCUGGCCCAGCUAUCUCACGCAUCAACAAUGCCUGCUUUGAAGCUGUUGUGGUCACCAACACAAUCCCUCAGGAGGAGAAGAUGAAGCAUUGUCCCAAAAUACAGGUUAUUGACAUAUCCAUGAUCCUUGCAGAGGCCAUCCGUAGAACUCACAACGGCGAGUCUGUGUCCUACCUGUUCAGCCAUGUCCCCUUGUAACAAAUCGCAUCUGCAGUGCGCUUUUACACCAAAUAAGAAAAGAAGGAAUUCUCUAACUCAAACACAACCAUUAGCAAAGAUGUUCUGCCAACUAACCUUGGAUUGAGGGUAAAAAAAAAACAAAAAACCCUCUCCUGUCUGUUACUAAUGCUGACCCCACCUACUGAGUCUCUUGCCUCUUGAACACUCUCUCGCUUCAUUUUCUGGGGCACCAAAGCAGUCGCAAGCUACCAGUUUAGGCCAGUGCAUUUAUUGUAGAUAAAGAAGUGUUUAUCCAGUGUGAACUUUGUGUCCCUUUCAUAACAUUUAGAUACAGACCUGACUUUUACACCUCUCCAGGAGUCCCUUCAAUCCAUUGACAGAGAGCUUAUAUAAAUAUCCUUGGCAGGAUCCAUUGAUCAGGAGAAGUAUCUGGCAUAUUACAGUGCUUUUUGUUACAGUGAAUGAGUGUAGUUUUUCAUGUUGCUCUUGUAUCCUCAGCUGUUGGAAAUAUUAUAAUUAAUGAAGUGAAUGUGUAUUGAACUAGUUUACAGUGCCACUGAAGCUCCACUCAACCUAGAGUGCCUCAACAGUCUGAAAUUAAAUGACUGUCUUCUUCUUUUGCCUGCUAUUUUUUUGUCUCUGUGACCAGAUGAAGCGCUUUCAUGUCUCAUCAGGCUUGUUGGCAUGUUUUUGUUUUGUUCUGUUUGUUUGUUUUUUUUUUUCCCCCUUCAACUUUUGAGGUGCCCUCAUUGAGUGGGAUUUGCCCAGUGUCCUGGGGUUACCGUUCAAGGUUUUAUGUUGAAGACGUUCCUAUUGAGAAGCUGUACAGGGUUUUUAGCUUGGGGUCUCUGCAGGCUGGGGCUUCAAUCAGAAAUGUUCACCUGCUUUACUUUUUUUAUGUCUGGAGGAAGGGUUUGUCUUUAAUGUGCAUAUUCCAAACCUUUGCCAUCACUUUUUCAGUAGGAUGCGUUCUUAAUAAAAGAUGUGCAUAAAAUCUUAAA